AAGAAGAUAUUGGAUGAAGAAUUGGCUGCGUGGAAGAGAAUCAAGAUCUCAUAUGACGUUAGUACGUGAACUGAGGCAAUCGCAUCAGGAAGAUCUAUUUAAUUACUUGCGAAUGUCUUCAGAGACCUUUAACAUGUUAUUGACCAUGGUUAAACCAUACAUCAGUAAAAUGAAUACAAAAAUGCGUCAGUCUAUAAACGCAGAAGAGAGAUUAAUAGCAACCUUACGGUUUUUGGCAACAGGACAAAGCUUUGAGGAUUUAAAAUUUCCUACAAGAAUUUCACCUCAAUCCCUGGGUGUAAUUAUCCCGGAAACAUCGAAAUAUAUUUGUUUAGUGCUAAAGGAUUGUAUAAAGUUACCAUCGUCUAUCGAAGAAUGGCAAGAGAUUGCAAGAGGUUAUGAAAGUCGAUGGCAUUUUCCUAAUUGUGGAGGUGCUAUUGAUGGUAAGCACAUCAGAAUUCGAAAACCAGCAAACAGUGGAUCUUACUAUUAUAACUACAAACAUUAUUUUAGUAUUGUGUUGAUGGCAAUUGUAAAUGCAGAUUACGAAUUUCUAUAUGUUGAUAUCGGCUGUAAUGGAAGAGUAUCAGAUGGAGGCGUUAUUGAAUAUACUAGUUUUUAUAACAAGUUGCAAAACGAGCAAUUGAAUUUACCACCUAACAAUAUGAAUAAAAACAAUAUGAACUUUGUAUUUGUAGCCGAUGAUGCUUUUGCAUUACAUGAAAAUGUUAUUAAACCCUACCCACAAAGAAAUUUAACUCGUGAAGAGCGCAUUUUUAACUACCGCUUGUGUAGAGCUCGACGCACAGUAGAAAAUGCUUUUGGCAUAUUAUCUAGCCGAUUUAGAGUUUUACAUACAGAAAUCAAUAUGAAACCAGAAAAAAUUGAUUACAUAGUUUUAGCUUUAUGUUGCCUGCACAAUUUGUUAAAGAAAAAAGAAAGAGCCGGUUACCUACCUACUCAAGCACUGGUUACUGAAGAUUUAGAUUUUGGUAGGGUUGUACAUGGAGAUUUAAGCGAAGUUAAUCCCCUGACCAGUUUACAACAGGGGCACAGCAGAAAUGUAUGUGAAAACGCAAAAUUAAAUCGUGACAAAUACAAAGAAUAUUUUAUGCAUGACGGAGCUGUAUCGUUUCAAUAUAAUUUUGUAAAUUAAAAUAAAUAUUUAAAAAAUGCUUACUGUUUCAUUUUGAUUUGUUACAUUUUCAUCAACGAUGCUGUCGCUUCCUAUACUAUUCCGUGGCAUUUCUUGAUCUGCGGUGAACAUCAACAAGUCAAAAUACCAUAAAUUUGAUGUAUAUACGUCGUCAGCUGACGAUCCUGACUUUUGGUUCUUGACCUAAAAAGUUAGAUAGAAAAUAAACUAAAAAUAUGUAGAAAUAGAUACAAUUAAACUAAAUACGAAGUUGAUCCAAAUUAGUUUUCCAAAUACAUUUCCUACUGUGUACCCAGGGCUACCAGUGUGCAAAAAAAAUUCAAAAUAUGACAGGAUAAACCCACGAUAAACCAGAUAGGUAAAAAAGCCACACUUACCUUUUUUAAUUCUUUUCGGAAAGUACUUUUUAAAUUAUUAAUUUUUUU